AUGCAUCUCAUCCUCACCGGUGCGACCGGCCUCGUCGGCUCCUCCGUCCUCGACGCCAUGAUCAAGGCCAAGGACGUGAGCAAAAUAUCCAUUCUCAGCCGCAAACCCGUCCAGAUGGCCCAGGACAAAGCGGAUGAUCGGGUCAACGUGAUACUCCACAGCGAUUUUGGGACGUACGACGCCAAGGUGCUCGAGCAGCUCCGAGGGGCCGACGGCUGCGUCUGGGCCCUCGGCAUCAGCCAGACCAAGGUCGGCAAAGAAGAGUACGUCAAGAUCACAAAGGACUACACCCUCGCCGCCGCCAAAGCCUUUUCCACCCUCUCAUCAUCAGAAUCCCGGCCGUUCCGGUUCGUAUACGUCUCCGGCGAGGGCGCGACCCAGACGCCCGGUCGCUUCUCUGCCAUCUUCGCGCGCGUCAAGGGGGAGACGGAACAGGCUCUGGCAGACCUGACGGCGCAGAUGCCGACGCUGAGGGCCGACUCGGUCCGGCCGGCGUUUGUGGACGCGUCAAGCCACGAGGCCGUCAAGUCGUACAUUCCACAGCCGGGGGUGCUCUACAGCACUUUCACCACCGCCUUGGGCCCCGUGAUCCGCAAGGGGUUUCAGGGCAUGCACUCGCCCACCGAUGCUCUCGGCCGCUUCAUGACACAGAUGGCCAUGGGGCAAAUCGACGGCAAACUCGAGGGUCCCGGUGCCUUUCAACUGGGGCCGUCGUGGGUGGUGGAGAAUGUGGGAUUCAGGAGGAUAAUGGGCUUGUAA